CAACAAUACAAAUAAGGGCGCUGUUAUCGAGUGUUUUGGUUUGGCACCAUUGGACAUUGCGUGGAAGCAAGGCGUUGUCUAGUAAAUCCUUACUUUUUCUGAAAGGCGCAUCCAACGGCAGUGUUAGUAUUCAGUAAGUGCAAUUGAUUCGGUAUCCAUUUGAAUCUGAGGCAACUUGAGUGAUCGUCUAGUGUGAACCCAGCACUGCCGUGCCACCUACAGUAACAGGAAUAUGGUGAAGAAACGCAAAUUGUCUCCCAAGUCAGUCUGGGACGAGGCGGAUCUCCGAGAUGCCUUCAGAGAGGCGGGCAUUAAGGAAUCUCACAUCCGGAGGUUGUACAGGCACCUCAUCGUACACCCUGAGGCUACCUGGCACGAUGUUCCGGACCUUCCCAAGGCCGCGUGUGUCUUGUUGGACAAGGAGUAUGUGCGCAGCACGUCUGUUGUGGAGAAGGAACAGAAGUCGUCAGAUGGUAGCACCUGCAAGCUGCUGGUGAGGCUGCAGGAUGGGAUGCAGGUGGAGGCAGUGGUGAUGACCUACGACAAGGAAGGUGGAGAUGGUGAGAGUGAGGAUGGGCAUGCUGUGUUGGGGCAGCAACGGUCCACGCUGUGUGUCUCCUCUCAGGUCGGCUGCCAGAUGGGCUGCACCUUCUGUGCCACAGGCACGAUGGGACUCAAGGGGGACUUGACGGCUGGAGAGAUAGUGGAACAGCUGCUGCAUGCGCAGCGGGUCACUCGGAUAAAGAACAUCGUCUUCAUGGGAAUGGGGGAGCCUCUGAAUAACUAUGAGGCGGUGCGUUCGGCAGUAGCGCUAAUGAUCGAUCCUUCGCUGUUUUCGCUGCGCCGCUCCAAGGUCACCAUCUCAACCGUCGGCAUCGUGCCACGCAUCCUUCAGCUGGUGGAGGACCUGCCAGGGGUAAGCUUGGCGCUGUCGCUGCACGCGCCAAAUCAGGUGCUGCGGCAGUCCAUUGUGCCCUCCGCGCGCGCCUACAAGCUGGACAAGCUCAUGGCCGCAAUCGACACCUACAGGGAAAAGACCGGCCAAAAGAUUUUUGUGGAAUAUGUUAUGCUGAACCAAGUGAACGAUGCGCCGGAGACGGCACACGAGCUGGGGCAGCUGCUGCGGGGGAAGAACAUGAUUCUUAACCUGAUCCCCUGGAACCCUAUAUAUUCCCCCGACAUGCACUUCGAAGCCCCUGGAGGCACCCGUGUCGCGGCGUUCCAGCGCAUCGUGCGUGAGGACUACGGCGUCUUCUGCACCGUGCGCCAGGAGAUGGGGCAGGACAUAUCGGGGGCAUGUGGGCAGCUGGUGGUUGAGCAGGGCGGUGCGGGCUGUGGGGGCCAGAGCGCUGGCAAGGCAGCAGACAUUGAGGAGCUGGGCAAGAGAGUUGCAAACAUGACCACGGCUGUGGCAUGAUCACAAUAUGCAAAUCUGAAAUUAGUUCGUUAGGCAUCAGCAUCAGCACAAACUUGUGUUCAUCAUGUUGUUUAUGAACUAUGGAAGGGCACACAUAACAGAUCGUAUGUGAGUACGAAUAUUGAUCACAGUGUGAUUGUCGUGCUUCCCAUCAGCAGUGUGUAAAACAUUUGUCUUUC